ACGAAAAUUAUUAUAAGUACCACAUAGCUCCAGUUGAUAGUUGUGUUUGUGUGUUGCGUUCAUUGAUAAAUAAUCGACGAGUCAGUGAUUAUUAAAAAAGUUUUCUAACGUUUAGUUCUUGUUAACGACUCUUUCGAUCUCGUAUCUAGAAGUUGUUGAACAAGUGUGGUGUUUCAACAACAAGCUGUAUAGAAGGGAUUUAUUGCUUCCGAGUAUUCAGCUGGGAUCGAAUAACCGACAAUCAAUUCAAUGGAAUUCGAACAAUUUUAAACUAUAUUAGAUGUAAAACUAGAAACAUACAAGCUGAGAUAUUUUAGAUUACCCGAAAAAAAUCAAUAUGGGGAACAAUGCAACGUCCACAAAUAAAAAAGUUGAUGCUGCAGAAAGUGUAAAAGAAUUUUUAGAUCUAGCUAAAGAGGAUUUUGAAGAAAAAUGGAAAAGAAAUCCAACAAACACAGCAGCACUAGACGACUUUGAGCGCAUAAAAACACUUGGAACUGGAUCAUUUGGAAGAGUAAUGAUAGUACAACACAAGUCAACCAAAGAUUAUUACGCCAUGAAAAUUUUAGAUAAACAAAAAGUAGUCAAGCUUAAGCAAGUUGAGCAUACUCUCAAUGAGAAAAGAAUAUUGCAGGCAAUUUCAUUUCCAUUUUUGGUUAGUUUGAAAUUUCAUUUCAAAGAUAACUCUAACCUUUAUAUGGUACUGGAAUAUGUACCUGGCGGAGAGAUGUUUUCGCACUUACGUAAAGUUGGUAGAUUCUCAGAACCGCACUCCAGGUUUUAUGCAGCCCAAAUUGUACUUGCAUUUGAGUAUCUUCAUUAUUUAGAUUUGAUAUAUCGUGAUUUGAAACCAGAAAAUCUUUUAAUCGACUCUCAAGGAUACCUAAAGGUAACUGAUUUUGGAUUUGCUAAACGCGUGAAAGGAAGAACAUGGACUCUUUGUGGCACUCCUGAAUACUUGGCACCAGAAAUAAUUUUAAGUAAAGGAUACAAUAAAGCGGUUGAUUGGUGGGCAUUGGGAGUACUAGUGUAUGAAAUGGCGGCAGGUUACCCACCGUUUUUUGCAGAUCAACCCAUACAGAUUUAUGAAAAAAUUGUAUCAGGAAAAGUGCGCUUUCCAUCACAUUUUGGUUCAGAAUUGAAGGAUCUUUUAAGAAAUCUUCUGCAAGUAGAUCUUACAAAACGCUAUGGCAAUCUCAAAGCGGGUGUCAAUGAUAUUAAAGGCCACCGAUGGUUCGCAUCUACAGAUUGGAUUGCCGUUUUUCAAAAAAAAAUUGAAGCUCCAUUCAUACCUCGCUGUAAAGGUCCAGGAGAUACAAGUAAUUUCGACGAUUACGAAGAGGAAACUUUAAGGAUCUCAAGUACUGAAAAAUGCGCAAAAGAAUUUGCUGAAUUUUAAUAAGGAACUAGAAUUAAAUGCAAUCAAUAUAACAGUAAUAUAUAAAGAUAUAUAUCGAUCAACAAGAGAGGAUUAGGCAUACAUAUAACUCCCAUUCAAUAGCUGAUUAGUUCUCGAUUCAGUACAAAGUACAAGUUUAAACAUGAGGAACAUUCAAAUUAAACUGCUGUUAUCAUGUUUGUUAUAAUGCUAGUGCUAUGAUUGUACUGGACAGUGACGAGAAAUAGGAUAUAAUGGCAAUCGCAUUAGAUGAAGAAAAAAAAAUGUUAAUCGCAUCUGUGUGCUACCCCGACAGAGGAGAUUAAGGCAUUUUUCUGAUAUCACAGUUGAAAGCUGAAAACUCGGCAGUCCAUAUACUUCGAAAGCCAGCAUUCCAAAACGUUUGUGUGUUGUCAAAAUACGCCAACUUUUCAUUAGAGGAAGUGCCUGCUAAUGUACCUACUACUGAUGCUGCUCGCUACUGUAAAAGGUAGCUUCUAUUAGAGAAAGUGCCGCCGCACCAGCUGGCCCCAAUAUCGCUGCUGAUACAACUGCUGCUGCUGAUGUUUCCGCUGCCACAGUUGCUGCUGUUAGAAAUAUUUUGGGAGGACGGCGUUGUGCUCUACUGUGGAAAUGCUUUUGUACUCUGAAAAGUUAGCUAUAUAAUAUUUCAAUCUAGUGCGCCAUGUCGGAAUAAAUAUAACAUAUAACAAAAUGCAUAUGAGGUAUUGCAAAAUAAAACUAUUUAAGGAUCGUUACAAUAUUCUUUUAUGCUAGCACACUGAACAAAUAAUCACUUAAAAGUAAUAUUUCAACAAAAUACAAAAAGUAAACAAAUUUUAUACACCAUAGUAUCGAUGGCAAUGUAGAAAAUUUUCAUUUAAUAAACAUUUAUAAAACUAGGUUAAUUAUCACAAAUGUGCUGUUUUGUUCACUAAUACAGUUAGUUGUAUAUACUUUUGUUAUAAUAAAUCUCUGCUGAUGACCAAAA